AUGGAGAACAUCGAGUUAACCGCCAAGGAGAGAGCCCUUAUGCAAAUCUCUGCUACAAUACGCAAGUGGGUCAAUGAGACCCUAGAGACCGACAUCCAGUGCAUCGAGGAACUGUGCUCUGGCGCGAUCUACUGCCAGCUUUUGGACCGGGUUUACGAAAAUCUCGUGCCACUGAAGAUUGUGAUUUUUGCGACGAACGCUAUAACCGACUUCAGGAAGAACUUCGCGUUGUUGCAGUUAUGCCUCUUUGAUACGGAGAUGUCGAUUGAUGUUCCAAUCGAAGACCUCGUUUGGUGCGACUUCGAGGCCAACCUAAAGUUUGCCGCGACCUUUUACAAGUACUUCAAGCUGGUGACCACCAGAAAUCCGAAUUGCAGGAAGAGCUACGAUCCACUGGCCGCCAGGAACUACCAAAGAUUCUCGCUCGCACCGCCGACCUUUGUUUCGCGUGGCACCGAUGCCCAGAAUCUCGUCGAGCUGGCUUUCGCUGGCAUUAAGAACAUCGUGGACUAUGAUGAAAUCAAGGACGUCUUGGACCUCAAGGACUACAUGGACAGCAAGCGAGUUCAGGAGAUAAAGGACAUAAAGGACGUCGAGGGAGUCGAUGACAUGGACAUGAAGGACGUGGACGAUCUGGAGGAUAGCAACGAGGACGACAAGAUCAAGGACUCGAUCCGUGUUGAACCGAAGGACUAUGGUCGCCGUCUGAAUUCUGAAAGCUACGUCAUACUCUAG